UGACUACAUUUCCCCAGAUGCUCUGCGCUGUGCAUCUCUGGAAUGAUGACGCAAGGAGGGGAACGCCUCCGGUCUCUGGGGCGCGGGAAAAUCGGUAGCUUCAUGAAUAAUUAAUAACGUGUGAAUGGCUCUCGAAACCACCCUGAAAGUCUGGAAGGGAAUGGGGGAGGGAGAAGAGAUCAAAAGGCUCUUACAAGCCCAACUCCAGCCUUGCCUAUAACCCAGGAAAGGGACUGAGUUUUCUAGAAACGCAGAUGUGUUAGCAGUGUCCGUAAGACGUGCCUUGGUUUAGAAUCCCAACCCGGGGGUGGAGGGAGGAGGAGCACGAGGUAGCAAGCGGUUGUCAUGACGACGAGACAGUCAUUUCCGGAUCCGGCCGCGGUGAAUGCUGGAGUCGGAGCUUCACUUCCAGCCUUUGCAAGCCGGUACUGUGCUGAGAACUAGGCGCCAGGCCUUGCGGAGGAGAUCACCAAUCUCGGCCACGCACAGCGCUGCCCAGCCUUGGCCAUGACGACCCUGGGGACCAGCAGCCAGACUGUGACUGAAUAUGUUGUUCGAGUCCCCAAGAACAACCCCAAGAGGUACAAUAUCAUGGCUUUCAACGCAGCUGACAAAGUCAACUUCUCCACUUGGCACCAGGCCAAGAUGGAACGAGAUCUGAGCAACAAGAAGAUCUAUCAGGAAGAAGAGAUGCCAGAAUCUGGAGCUGGCAGCGAGUUUAAUCGAAAGCUUCGAGAGGAAGCCAGGAGGAAGAAGUAUGGCAUCAUUCUCAAGGCCUUCAAGGCUGAGGACCAGCCCUGGCUACUCAAAGUCAAUGGCAAAACAGGCAGGAGGUUCAAGGGAGUAAAGAAGGGAGGUGUGACAGAAAACACCUCCUACUACAUCUUCACCCAGUGCCCUGAUGGGGCCUUUGAAGCCUUCCCUGUGCACAACUGGUACAACUUCACCCCCCUGGCCCGGCACCGGACCCUCACUGCAGAGGAGGCUGAGGAAGAAUGGGAAAGGAGGAACAAAGUCCUGAACCACUUCAGCAUCAUGCAGCAGCGCAGGUUGAAGGACCAGGACCAUGAUGAGGAUGAAGAUGAGCACAAAGAGAAGAAGAGCAGGAAGAAGUCCAGUGAGCUCCGCAUCCAUGACUUGGAGGAUGACCUAGAGAUGAGCUCAGAUGACAGCAAUGGCAGUGGGGAGGAGGGGGAGAAGGUCUCCAAGACGAAGAAGAAGGCAGCUUCCUCCAGGGGUGGCAAGAAGAAGAAGAAGAAGGGCUCUGACGAUGAGGCCUUUGAGGACAGUGAUGAUGGGGACUUUGAGGGCCAGGAGGUGGACUACAUGUCAGAUGGCUCCAGCAGCUCCCAGGAAGAGGUAGUAGGGAAGCCCAAGGUGGUUCAGCAGGAGGAGGAGGGCCCUAAAGGCAUUGAUGAAGAAAGUGAAAGCAGUGAAGAGAGUGAAGAGGAAAAACCAGCAGAGGAAGAGGAGAAGGAGGAAGAAGAUAAGAAGGCCCCUACUCCCCAGGAGAAGAAACGCAGGAAAGGAGACAGCAGUGAGGAGUCGGACACCUCUGAGGAGAGUGACAUCGACAACGAGGCUUCCUCGGCCCUCUUCAUGACCAAGAAGAAGACGCCCCCCAAAAGGGAGAGGAAGGCCUCGGGCAGCAGCUCCAGGGGAGACAGCCGCCCAAGUACGCCCAGUGUGGACAGUGGCUGCACGUCCUCCACGCUGAGGGCAGCUGCCAGCAAGCUGGAACAAGGGAAGCGCCAGAUGGGCCCCAGUGACAUGCCUGCCGCCAAGCGGCUUCGGUUAGAUGCCGGGCCCCAGAGCAUCUCGGGGAAAUCCACUCCCCAGCCCCAGUCUGGCAAGUCCACACCCAGCAGUGGUGAUGUGCAGGUGACAGAGGAUGCUGUGAGACGCUACCUGACCCGGAAGCCCAUGACCACCAAAGACCUGCUCAAGAAGUUCCAGACCAAGAAGACGGGGCUGAGCAGCGACCAGACGGUCAACGUGCUGGCCCAGAUCUUGAAGCGCCUCAACCCCGAACGCAAGAUGAUCAAUGACAAGAUGCACUUCUCCCUCAAGGAGUGACGCUGCGGCCUUGGGUGCGGGACACCCCCAGACUCACCCCACCAAGGCUUGGAGGGGGGAAUAAAAGCUACUUGGAGUUUU